UUUCAGUUGUAGAGGCCCUUGCUGUGCAGGGGCUGGCCAGUCUCAAGCUUCGGUAGGCAAGUGCAUGCAGUGUGUCUAAGACCUGCCAGUAGUACUUUUGAGUCAUUUGGCUUUUUUUUUUUUUUUUUUAACUUUAGCAUUUUUUAUUCAUGGAUUGAAGAAAUCGAAAUGGCUGAAGAUAAAGAGACAAAGCACGGAGGACACAAGAAUGAGAGGAAAGCAGGACUCUCGGGAACUUCAUUCUUCACUUGGUUUAUGGUGAUUGCAUUGCUGGGUGUCUGGACAUCUGUCGCUGUGGUCUGGUUUGAUCUUGUUGACUAUGAAGAAGUUCUAGGAAAACUAGGAGUCUAUGAUGCUGAUGGUGAUGGAGAUUUUGAUGUGGAUGAUGCCAAAGUUUUAUUAGGACUUAAAGAGAGAUCUACUUCAGAGCCAGCAGUCCCACCAGAAGAGGCUGAGCCACACGCUGAGCCCGAGGAGCAGGCUCCCAUGGAGACAGAACCCCAGAAUAUCGAAGAUGAAGCAAAAGAACAAAUUCAGUCUCUUCUCCAAGAAAUGAUGCACGCAGAACAUGGAGAAGACCUGCAACAAGAAGAAGAUGGACCAGCAGGAGAACCACAACCAGAGGAUGAGGAUUUCCUUACGGCGACUGAUGUUGGUGAUAGAUUUGAGACCCUGGAACCUGAAGUGUUUUAUGAAGAAACUGAGCAUAGUUACCAUGUGGAAGAGACAGUUUCACAAGACUAUAAUCAGGAUAUGGAAGAGAUGAUGUCUGAGCAGGAAAAUCCAGAUGACACAACAUACCAAAUCCAUGAGGAACAAGUAGUAUAUGAACCUCCAGAAAAUGAAGGUGUAGAAAUCACAGAAGUAACUGUUCCCCCUGAGGAUAAUGCUGUAGAAGAUUCAAAGGUAAUUGUAGAAGAAGUAAGCGUUCCUCCUGUGGAAGAACAACAGGAAGUACCACCAGAAACAAAUAGAAAAACAGAGGAUCCAGAACAAAAAGCAAAAGUUAAGAAAAAGAAGCCUAAACUUUUAAAUAAAUUUGAUAAGACCAUUAAAGCUGAGCUUGAUGCUGCAGAGAAACUCCGUAAAAGGGGAAAAACUGAGGAAGCAGUGAAUGCAUUUAAAGAACUAGUACGCAAAUACCCUCAGAGUCCACGAGCAAGAUAUGGGAAGGCACAGUGUGAGGACGAUUUGGCUGAAAAGAGGAGAAGCAAUGAGGUGCUACGUGGAGCCAUUGAGACAUACCAAGAGGUGGCCAGCCUACCUGAUGUCCCUGAAGACCUGCUGAAGUUGAGUCUGAAGCGUCGCUCAGACAGGCAACAAUUCCUAGGUCAUAUGAGAGGUUCCCUGCUUACACUACAGAGAUUAGUUCAUCUAUUUCCCAAUGAUACGUCUUUAAAAAAUGACCUUGGCGUGGGAUACCUCUUGAUAGGAGAUAAUGAUAAUGCAAAGAAGGUUUACGAAGAGGUGCUGAGUGUGACACCUAAUGAUGGCUUUGCUAAAGUUCAUUAUGGCUUCAUCCUGAAGGCACAGAACAAGAUUGCUGAGAGCAUCCCGUAUUUAAAGGAAGGAAUAGAAUCCGGGGAUCCUGGCACUGAUGAUGGGAGAUUUUAUUUCCACCUGGGAGAUGCCUUGCAGAGGGUUGGGAAUAAAGAGGCAUAUAAGUGGUACGAGCUUGGGCACAAGAGAGGACACUUUGCAUCUGUCUGGCAGCGCUCACUCUACAAUGUGAACGGACUGAAAGCACAGCCUUGGUGGACCCCAAAAGAAACAGGCUACACCGAUUUAGUAAAGUCUUUAGAAAGAAACUGGAAGUUAAUCCGAGAUGAAGGCCUUGCAGUGAUGGAUAAAGCCAAAGGUCUCUUCCUACCUGAGGAUGAAAACCUGAGGGAAAAAGGGGACUGGAGCCAGUUCACACUGUGGCAGCAAGGAAGAAGAAAUGAAAAUGCCUGUAAAGGAGCUCCUAAAACAUGUACCUUACUAGAAAAGUUCCCUGAGACAACAGGAUGCAGACGAGGACAGAUCAAAUAUUCCAUCAUGCACCCUGGGACUCACGUGUGGCCGCACACGGGGCCCACAAACUGCAGGCUCCGAAUGCACCUGGGCUUGGUGGUUCCCAAGGAAGGCUGCAAGAUUCGAUGUGCCAAUGAGACCAAGACCUGGGAGGAAGGCAAGGUACUCAUCUUUGAUGACUCUUUUGAGCACGAGGUAUGGCAGGACGCCUCAUCGUUCCGGCUGAUAUUCAUCGUGGAUGUGUGGCACCCGGAACUGACCCCACAGCAGAGACGCAGCCUUCCUGCAAUUUAGCAGGAAUUCAUGCAAGUUUGGGAUGCUCUGGAGAGAGGCUGCCUUUCUGGUUCCAUCUCCUUGGGUGUAAUGAUAGAAUUCGAACACUAAGACUCUUAAUUCCCUUGAUUUGCAGCCCGAAUAAUUCUAAGCCUCCUCCUAGGGUUAGAAGACACUAAAGGGAAUGUUUGCCUGGCUGCAAUUCAUUUAGAAAACACCCUGCUGGGUGUCAUCCAUUGACAGCGCUGGUCUUCUGCCGGUAUUUAAGGUGAGCAUUUGAUAGCUUCUACCUUACCAGCCAAAGAUAUUUUCCCACAUAGGAUAGGUCUAAGUCAGUGUAUAAUGAGAAUAUAUGUAGAAACUGUGAAUGGAUUGCUUUAGUUUGUAAUUUUUCUAUGCAGUUAUAUUUUUAUAGCAUAGCUAGACCAUUUUGUCAUCAUGUACCACUACAUUUUUGUUGAUUUUAAUGACAAGCUGUAUAAAUGCUUUACUUCUAGAUGUUUAAUGGUAGCAUUACUGGGGAACUCAAGACUUCCCUCUUUUAAUUCUGCUUAGUAAAAGACACUCAUGAAAAAAGCAGUUUUAUUUUCCUAAUACAAAAAAGAAAGAGGUCAUGGUGCCAGUGUCUAUGAACUGUACCCAUCCUAACUCUCAAGUUGUUUGGUUUUUUAAAAUCUUGAUUCAGAUCCUCCUCUCACUAUGCCAGUGAUGGAAAUAUUGUCAAAAUCAUAUUUCUUUCAAAGAGGAACUUUUCACACUGAAAAAAAACAUGGGAUUAUUUUAUAUUGUUGUUAUAAAAAUCCCACAUGCUAAUUUUUUAAUGACAAGUAUUAGAAGUUCUGGGGAAACGUACAGUUUAUGAAAAUAAAAAUAUAUUGUUUCAGGAUCAGGUGCAUAGGUGACUGAUAGGGAGUCUGGCUCCUGGCUGCUUUGCCAUCCAUGACGCAUGUCCUGGGAAUACAGUUUCUUUGCCUGUGGUAGAUCCAUGUGAAUGACAGGAAGCCAGCUCUUCGGUCUUGGAGAUGAUUUCCACCACAAUUCUGUAGCAGUAUUAAGGAUGGCAGAGUAAAAGGUCACCAAGAAUGCCAGGAUCUUUGUCCUGGGUGUAGAAGGUCCAGAUUGCCUUCCUUUUUGAUAAAAGAGUCUUAAAGACUGUCCCAUCUCCCUGGCUUGAGAAACUUCUGCUGUUUUAACAUCACCAUGAAAGAACAAUUAUUGUCAUCUAUAUUUAGUUUCAACAUUACUCACAACAUAGAAAUCACAGUUGAAAAUGGUCUUGCCUACUCAUUCCAAAGAUGAUCAAGUCAUUAAUUUAGUAAAGUAUUAAUGCAUCAGAUUUUAUAUUUUUUUAAAUCAAAGCUAACUAGAAAUGUUGGAUAUAAGAAUGUAAUGAUAUUCAUGCGCUGAAUUCUAAGCCAAUAUGAACAAGAAUGCUGCAGGAAUGGCACAUAAAUCAACAAAUUUCAUUCAUAGGUAGAAAACACUUGUACUAUCUUUUUCAUCUAAAAACAAAAGUAGACUAUCUCAUUUAAAGAACAGUUCUUUGAAAUUGAAAUUGACCGUUUUUGGUUGACCUUAAGAACAUUAGCUUCCAGUAGAUGAAUUUGCAAAAUACUUUUCCUGUUCUUCUGUUUUGCUGGUAUUGAUAAACCCCACUGAAUCAGAUGAAGAGGCAUGGGAGGAAAAAUAUCCAGAUUAAUUACUAAAAUUGAGAAGAGAAGGUAAACUCUUGAAAAGUAAAUGGUAUUUGUGUCCUUCAGUAUUUAUUGAACAGACGAAAUGGCAAGGUCAAUACAAUUCAGUGCUCAUGUAGUAACAUUCGUCUCACUUAUUGAAUUUGGUUCUCAUAUGUAUAUUGUGUACACAUAAAGAAAUUCAAACUAUAAGUCAUCAUCGUUGAGCCAUCACCUUACAUUCAUGUAAUGAAAUUAUGGAAGAAAGUAAAAACUAGCUCUUAACUUAGUAAAUAUAAUACGGUAUUUAAAAUCAGGUCACUACAGUAGGCUUCUAAAUAUUGCCAACUGAAAACUAAAAAUGGUAUUACUGUUGCAAAGUGUUGUCAGUAAUUGGCUCCAAUAGCAUGUAAAUACUUAGAUCCCACAACUAUUUUAAACCCAAGCAAUAAAGUGGAUUUUCUAAUUCACAUAAAUUCUUUAUUUCUCUUACCUAUGUCUUGGUAACAUAAGAAAAGUGUUUCCAUCACUGCAUUGGUAGAAGUAGUUCAAUGUUAUUAUUUUUGUGAUUUAAAAUGUCUACAAAAUCAGUUUAAUUUAUAUCGUGAUACAGUUGUUUGAGAAAUAUUUUUAAUUCUGUUUCAACUUUAUUUCUCCUAGGUUGUAAUAUAAAAAUUACUUUCAUUAUUAUUCUUUACCAGUAGGGAAAAAAUAAAACAUUAGAUCCAUUGAGAAAGAUAUGUAAUAAAUAAUUAAUGUUAGUAAUAAUAUCUAGCAGGGGUGAUUAUGACCAGUUGAAUGAUCUCUUUCCUUUGAAUUAUUUAGCUAACAAAUUAGCUCUCCCAAAUAUUUAAAAUGUAAAAUCAUAAUUUAUUGCCCAUGAUUAACUAAAAUAUUUUUGUUUGACAUUGAGCACCAACUGGUCAUACUAAUAAAUACCCAUGUCAUGCAGAUAGCUGGGCAAAUAAGAGACAUCUAAAAAUAUGCACUGGUCUUGGAAAAUAUGGCACAAGUAAGGAUAUCACAUCGUAUGGUGUCCGUUUAUUUUAUAUCUGAUUUCCUUCGAAUGGGUAGUUGGGGACUCCAUUUCUAAGGAAUAGAUAGUUAAAUAAAAUGACCUUUGGCAUUUCA